AUAUAUAUGCUAUGCCUAUGGAUUAAGGGAAGUUUCAACGGAACAGUUUCCAUUCAAAUAUCAAUUUACUCGAAUAGUUGUUUUUUGGCGCGAAAUUAGUUGCAUGAUAAAAAUUAGCAUAAAGACUUAGAUUGAUUAAUUUUAUCGUGCAAAUCAACGUAAGGAAAAUGGAAGAUUCAAUAACAGCACGUUUGAAACGAUUAGUAACAAAUAGCAACGAAGUCUUGGAGUUUAGAUUGAUCCGUGAUCUAGAUGACUUGAACUCGAAAGAGACGGUAUUUAAACCAGAAAUGACUUAUCAAGUGUUUGGAGAUAGGGAAAUAAUAUUCGGUUAUCAGGAUUUAAAAGUACAACUGUUUUAUUCAGCGGGUUGUUUAGAAACAUAUUUGGGAAUGACAUAUACGGAAAAAGUAAAUGCAGAAUAUGAAGGAGUCGAGGCUGAUGAAGUUUUAACAAAAAUUGCCGCAAAGCUUGCACCUAAUGUUCAUUAUAGCUUAACCAACUUUACUAAUGCACUUUCCAAGGAUGACACAUUUACACCACAUGGAAAAUUAAUUCAUUCUUUCUCAUUAAAUGAUAAAGGUACCACAAGGCGAUUUGAGGUCUACAAAGCUGAUAUGAAUUAUAAAGGCUUCAAGGAGUACCAUCAAAGAAUUCAAACAUUUCUUCUUUGGUACAUAGACGCGGCUCUUUUUAUUGAUAUUGAUGAUGACCGAUGGCAAUAUUUUAAUAUAUUUGAAAAAUAUACCACGUCUGUGGGUACAUCUCGAUACGCGACGAUUGGUUUUGCUACUGUGUAUAGAUAUUACGCAUAUCCCCAGCACAUUCGGCCACGCAUCGCCCAAUUUUUAAUUUUACCGCCGUUUCGCAGAAUGGGUCUUGGUACACACUUGUUGCAAGCAAUUUAUCGCGAGUAUAUUGCGAGAAAUGAAGUUAAGGAUAUAACAGUUGAAAGUCCGUCCGACGUAUUUCAACGACUACGAAACUAUGUGGAUGCUUUAAAUUGCAGUACAUUGCCUAGUUUUAAACCAGAACAUUUAAAGAAAGGUUUCGAUACUGAAAUGGUCAUUGAAGCUAGAGAAAAGUUAAGAAUAAACAAGAAACAAGCUCGCAUAGUGUAUGAAAUCCUACGACUUCGUGCGACGAACGUUGCAAAUGCGGAAGAAUAUCGAGCGUAUAGAUUAGAUGUGAAGAAUAGAUUAAAUAUACCAUUUAAAAGAAAACAGAAUGAAGAAGCAAAAAUAGAACGUGCAUUGAGAAGUGAGGACAAAAGAACAUAUACUAGUGAUAAUGGUCUACCAUCCGAGGAACAACGCAAAGAGAUAUUGGAAAAGGAAUAUCGUAUUUUGGAAGAUGAAUAUAAAACAAUUAUUAAACGUUUGGAGUACGCUACCGAUCUGUAAAAUGUUAUAUCAUUUAAAUUCGUAUUAAAGUAAUUAAGGAUUUUUUAAGCUGUGAGAAAAUAUAU